AUGUGUACUCUACGUUCGAGCGGUGACACUAGACCUGUUAUUUAUCUAGAUGAAACUUGGGUGAAUCAAAACCACUCGAGAAGUCAUAUUUGGCAAAAUGAAUUGGAUCGUGAAGGAUUUAGAGUGCCUAUUGGUAAGGGUGAUCGCCUUAUAGUAUGCCAUGCUGGAGCAGUUAAAUUUGGUUUCAUUUCUGGCCCUAAAUUAAUUUUUAGAAGUAAAAAUGACGGCGAUUACCAUUCACAAAUGAAUAGUCAAAUAUUCCAUGAUUGGUUUAUAAAUAUGUUACAAUUGUUAGAAGAGCCAUGUGUCGUCGUUAUGGAUAAUGCUCCAUAUCAUAGCGUUUUAGUGGAGAAUGUACCAAAAUCAAGUACGAAAAAGGCCGAUGUUCAAAAAUGGCUGACAGAAAAAGGUAUCGAGUUUUCCCUGUGUGAAACUUUGGCUGAGCUCAGAGAGAAGAUCAAAAUGGCAAGACCACGAGAGAAACGCUACCAGUUAGACGAGACGGCAUUUCAAAUGGGACAUGAAGUAGUUCGACUUCCACCUUAUCACUGUCAAUAUAACCCGAUAGAGUUGAUUUGGGCUCAAGUGAAAUGA